UUACAUUUAUCAAUUGAAGGGCCGUUGUUAUCAAGUUAACAUUCGUGCUGAUUCAUACGAUCUGGAGAUCUGCAAGUCUACAAAGAGAUUUUUUAAACGGCUCGGUUGGUCUUUCUCGAGCUCGUGGUUUAACAUGACAAGUCAGUCGGAACGCAUCAGUUAUAUGCAAGACAGUAGCAGUGAUACAGAGACUGAUUACAAAGAGACUGAUGGAAGCGGAAGGCAUCGCUUGUACAAAAAUAGGCUAAGUUGUGGUGGCUCGUCGAAGCCGAAAUCUUGUCUGGUACAGAGGGACAGCAGUGGUGAUCGACAUUGUCAUUCUUUCAAUUCCGGCAGAAAUUCGCAGGUCACAAAAUUCAUUAACAGAAUUCGUUCAAAUGUCAAUAUGGCCAAACAGAGUCAGACUCAAAAUCAAAACAGUAGCAAAGACAACACAAUGUCGGGAGGAUCGGCGACAGCAUCUAUUACUGGAGUUAGCAAUCAGCCAGCUAGCGAUGAAAGAAUUACCCUCAUUGUCGAUAAUACCAGAUUUAUUGUUGAUCCGGCUUUAUUCACAGCGCAUCCCAAUACAAUGUUAGGUCGUAUGUUCAGUUCAGGUGUAGAAUAUGCUCAACCUAAUGAACGUGGAGAGUAUGAGGUUGCCGAUGGCAUUUCUGCCAUGGUUUUCCGCGCUAUCCUAGAGUAUUAUAAGGGUGGAGUAAUUCGAUGUCCCCCGACUGUAAGUGUUCAAGAACUACGAGAAGCUUGCGAUUAUCUGCUAGUGCCUUUUGAUGCUAGCACUGUAAAAUGUCAAAAUCUUAGAGGAUUGUUACACGAAUUGUCGAAUGAAGGUGCACGCUGCCAGUUCGAAGUAUUCUUGGAGGACUUGAUUUUGCCAUUGAUGGUGAAUAGUGCACGACGCGGUGAUCGUGAAUGCCACAUUGUUGUCUUGCUCGAAGACGAUGUCGUCGAUUGGGAUGAGGAGUAUCCGCCUCAAAUGGGAGAAGAAUACUCCCAAACUGUCAAUAGUACGGCAAUGUAUCGCUUUUUUAAAUAUAUCGAGAACCGAGACGUGGCUAAGCAAGUAAUGAAAGAGCGCGGUCUCAAAAAAAUCCGUUUAGGCAUCGAGGGUUAUCCGACUUACAAAGAGAAAGUGAAGAAACGCGCCGGUGGUCGCGCUGAAGUCAUAUACAAUUAUGUUCAGCGACCUUUUAUUCACAUGUCUUGGGAAAAAGAAGAAGCCAAGAGUCGUCACGUUGACUUUCAGUGUGUUAAGUCCAAAUCAGUGACGAAUCUCGCUGAAGCCACAGCCGAUCCUGUUCUGGAUGCUGCUGGAAAUCCUAUGCUUCUUCAGGUUGCUGAAGGAGCAGUCUCUCAACCAGAAGUGGUUGGGCUUCCUAUGGGUUCGGAUGCUGAUGUGGAUGGACCAAUGGGACCUGGCGAUCAAGACUUGGGCCCAUUACCAUCUGACGAACUACGUAAUUUCACGAUAAAAAAGUCGGCCAUCGAAAAAUCCUACUCUGAGGCGCUACUCAAAAUAUCAUCUGCAUAUUUAAAUAAGAAGAUACCGAACAUACCAGAUCUCAAAGUCGAUGGAGCAGAAGAGAAAUGGAACAUGUGGAACGUAUGGCGAACUGUGCUGGAGGAGAAUGAGAAGCUGGCGCGUGCACGCCUCGCUGCUGUCGAGGUCUUCCAGCAGCAAAUCGCCGAUGAUGCUAAGGGCCUCAAGAUGCACAAAAUACAAAUCUCUAAGAAGGCAAUCGACCAAUUACUGAUAGUACAAAAGGAGCUCCAAACAUGCGUACAGGAUGUGGACAAAACGAAGAAAUUGUACUUUGACGAGGAACACAGUGCACACGAUGUGCGCGACAAAGCAAAAGACAUUGAAGAAAAACUGAAGAAGAAGAAAGGUUCUUUCUUCCAGUCGAUAACGUCUUUGCAGAAAAAUAGCGCUAAGGUGAGUUCGAAGCGAGACGCUUUAGAGGAGAAAUCAACUGGUGCUCGCAAUGAUUAUCUAUUAGCCCUCGCUGCAGCUAAUGCCCAUCAGAACCGAUAUUUUGUAAUCGAUUUACAGAACACCAUGCAGUAUUUGGAGCAAGGAGUUUAUGACAAGGUAGCUGAAUACUUAACGCUGAUGGGACGCACGGAGCUACUUACUUGUUUAGCUACCCAAAACAGCUUCGGGAAGAUUCGCGAUCAAGCUCAGCAGCUCACGAGGGAAUACAAUAUCCAAUGUUGCUGUUUGUACUAUCCCGUUUUGAAGCAACACAUUCAAUAUGAGUUCGAGGCUUGCGAUAGCGAUCCGGUAGAUAGGGUAACUGCCGAUCAUGCAGCGGCGAUGACAUUGGGCAAAGAAGCGCGUCGCUGGUCGACGAAAAUUGCCCGCGAGGUUAGCAGCAUCCGUGAAAAUAACCGGAAACUUCAAAUAUUAUACCAACUUAAAGAUGCUGGUCAGAAGACUGAUCCGAAUGAUCCUAAUGGUCCAGAUUUAGAUACUAAAAUUGAUGAAUUAAAGCACGCUGUUCGACGAGCGGAGACGGCGAAACUCAAGGCGGAAGCGAGGAUAGAAUGUCUUCGACAUGGUGGAGUGAACGUAGACGAAUUCUUGCAAGAGGCUGAAACACUCAGUGUUCAGGACAUGCCGCGUUCGGCCAGUUCUCUCUCCGUUCGAACAGAUGCAUCUGGUGCAGCGGAACAUCCGUCAUCGGACUCAUUCUACGAUAGCGACGGUGAUGGCGGAAGCGACUUAACGACUUUGGAGCGACCCGGAAAGAAUGCGCCUCAGCAAGAAGAGGAAAUUGAAGAAAGGCAGAGGCAUGACAGUGCCGAGGUUGAUGCAUUGCUGGAGCAGGAGAAGCAACGGAUAGAGCAGCUAACGGCAGGUUGGGAUGAUCCUAUGGCGGUUAAUUGGGACAACGAAGAGAAAGAUGAACAGGAAAUGACGCACGAGACACCAGAGAUGCCUUCUAAUCAACCUAUAUACAAGUGCACUGCUCUAUACUCCUAUACAGCGCAAAAUCCCGACGAGCUUUCUAUCGUAGAAAGCGAACAAUUGGAUGUGGUGGGCGAAGGCGACGGUGAUGGAUGGUUAAAAGCAAGAAAUUACCGAGGAGAAGAAGGUUUCGUUCCUCAGAACUAUCUCGAUGUAGAAAGGGAGCCUGAGACCACUACCGGUCUUACUUCACAGGGUCCAGGUCUGGUCCAGCAGAUUUCCUUCUCAUCCGUCGACUAUACCAUUGAUGAUCACGAUGCCGUUGACCCCGAUGCUACUUUGCAAAGUGCCGUUUCGGAAGCCAUAAUACAAAACCACGUUGGAGAAAUGGAACAAUACUGCAUCGCGCUUUACGAUUACGACGCAACGUGCGAUGAGGAGCUGAGUUUUUUAGAAGGCGACAUCGUCAAAGUAUUAAAAAAAGAACCACACGAUGUAGACGACGGUUGGUGGGAAGGUGAGUUGAGAGGUCAGCAAGGCCUCUUCCCCUCUCUCGUCGUGGAACCUUGCGGUCCGGACGGAUGUCCUCUGACCCCACAGGAGAAUGUAACACCACCGAGUUCCGCGCCACCAGUCUUUACCCCACCAGAAAUUGCGCCAGAAUUUUUGCUAGAAGAUGAGUUUGCUCAAAUAGAUGAAUCGCAAGAAGGAAAGCCAAUGGUGAAUGGUGAUAGCGGAUUCAUGAUAAAUUUGUCUCAAGACCAAAAGGAUCAAUACGGUUCACAAUUUGGGGACGAGAAGUUAGAUGAAACGCCAGAUAUAUUAGUCGUGGAGAUAUCAGAUGAAUCGGUUGAUAAGACGGAAAAGGAUCCUAAAUCUGGUGAAGAUCUCAAAUCUGCUAGCCAAAAGGACGACUUCGGUCUUGGAGUGGCUCAGAUUGUGAUUACAGCCGCAACUCCGAUGGAAGAGACUGAACAUUCUUUCCCCGGAGUAGAAGAAACUCCAGAAAGCUCGGCGAAGUCUGCAGAAGUCUCCGAAACCGAGCCUGAAGCUUCAAAUGCGGCUUCGGAUCUGAAUGAAAGCGAAUGUAAAGAAGAAGAAGAGCCAACCAUUAUUUUGGAUGAGAAAGAGGAAGAAGCUGAAGAAAAGUCUACAAUUGACGAACUUCCAGCCGAUUCGGCACCGUUUCCAAUCAGCAGUAGUUCUGGAAGCGAAGCAGAAUCAACAUCUGGUCCCAGCACCAACGAAAAUUCUCAAUCGAGGGGAACAGUGGUAGAAGUGACAGAAGAAGUCACAGAGGUUAUGGAAGAGGAGGAAAUUGCGCCAGGAAAAAUGCUGGUAGGAGGAAGAGCCAGCAUUCCAGAUGAGCUGCAGCCGGACCAACUGGAAAAAUUGCAAUCGCUCAAGGAAUCGAACGCCUAGGGCUGACUAGGCCCCGGGGUCCACAAGGGCAGAAUUAUCUUGCCUGACGGCCACCCCGACAACUUCCGACACUUGCUAGACUUCUGGCGAUCACCUGAGGUGCUAGGCAAAAAAGACUAACUGUAUUAAACUCACACUAAGACUCUAUCUGAAAUUCAUAAGGUUCUUAUGGUGAUCGAAUAGUGGUGGAAAUAAAGAUGAUUGAAAUUGUGAUUGAACUAUCUUUCGAGUAAUGGAUGUUAAUAGAUCAAGUGCUGAAGACUGUCUAAAUUAUGGCUAUAAACAUAAAAAUUAUUUUCGUGUGCCUAAAGCCCACGAAGGCACCAGAAUGAAAUUUAACUUUAAAUCGCAACUACUUUCAAAAUAAUAAAAAAAAAAUGUGUGUUAUUAUCUUUAUUAACUAGUCAGAAUCAUAGAAAAAAAAGAUUUAUUUGUGAAAUUACAUUAUCACACUGAUUUAUUAACAUCAUGAAAGGAAGAAGAAAUGAUUUAGCAAAUUAAUCGAAAAAAAAAAAAUGAUUAAGUUAAAUGAAUAAUUUAAAGGUAAUAAACAGAUAAUUAAAAUCA